GGGCCUAGCCCAAACGAAAAGCCCACAAUCAAAGAAACCACCCAGCAGCAGUUGCACCAGCAACACUCGUCUCUUCUCUUUCUCUUUCUCCUUCUUCUUCUUCUUUCCCUUUCUCUCUCUCUUUCUCUUUCUCUGUGUAGAGAUUCUAAAACACACAUAGAAAGAGAACGAGAGUGAGAGUGAGAGAGAGAAUCAUCGCCGCCGUGUGUUUUAUCCACUCGAUGCGCAUGCGGUGGUUCCUCCCAAACCCUAUCAAAACCCUUCCGACAUUCAACAACAUCCGUUCAAUCUCAUUUCCAAGUUUCGUUAGAUCGUCGUUUCGAAACCGAUUCCAAAUGGCAGCUAUUCACAAUCACAGCGAAGCUGGACUUGCGAAGCGUUUCUGGAUCAAAUUCAACCGCGAAUCCAUUUUCGCUAUGUACGCUCCUUUUGUCAUUUCUUUAGCCUCUGGUAACUUGAAGAUCGAUUCCUUCCGUCAUUACAUAGCGCAAGAUGUUCAUUUUCUUCGCGCUUUUGCUCAAGCGUAUGAGUCGGCUGAAGAGUGUGCUGACGAUGACGACGAUAAGCUUGGACUAUCUCAGUUGAGGAAGACAGUUUUAGAGGAGCUGAAGAUGCACGGUUCACUAGUAGAGGAAUGGGGAUUGGACCUUGCCAAAGAGCACAGUAUUAACUCUGCAACAGUUAAGUAUACAGACUUCCUGUUGGCUACAGCCUCUGGGAAGAUUGAAGGACUGAAAAGCUCUGCUAAACUUGCAACACCAUUUGAGAAAACAAAAAUUGCUGCUUAUACUUUGGGUGCCAUGGCUCCUUGCAUGAGGCUUUAUGCCUUUCUUGGUAAAAAGUUCAAGGAACUUCCGGACUCCAACGAAAGUACUCACCCAUAUAGCAAGUGGAUCGACAACUAUUCCUCUGAUGGUUUCCAGGCUUCUGCUCUGCAAACCGAAGAGUUGCUCGACAAACUAAGCAUCACUUUGACUGGUGAAGAACUUGAUGUCAUUGAAAAGCUUUAUUACCAGGCAAUGAAGCUUGAAAUAGACUUCUUUACUGCUCAACCACUCUUUCAGCCAACUAUAGUACCCUUGAUUAAAGGACAUAACCCUGAAGAUGAUCAUAUCGUGAUUUUUUCUGAUUUUGAUUUAACAUGCACCGUUCUUGAUUCAUCUGCUAUCUUGGCAGAAAUUGCUAUAGUGACUGCACCAAAAUCUGACAAUCAGCCUGAAGAUCAAAUAACUCGAAUGUUGUCUUCUGACCUCAGGAAUACAUGGAGUUCUCUAUCCAAACUGUAUACAGAGGAGUAUGAGCAAUGUAUAGAAAGCAUUAUGCCUGCCAAUAGAUUAGAAAAUUUUGAUUAUAAAGAACUGUCUAUGGCACUUGAGCAACUCUCAAAAUUUGAGAACUCAGCAAACAAUAGGGUUGUUGAGUCCGGGGUUCUCAAGGGUAUAAAUAUAGAAGAUAUAAAGCGUGCUGGAGAGCGUUUGAUACUUCAAGAUGGUUGCACUGACUUUUUUCGGAGAGUUGUUAAGAAUGAAAAUUUGAAUGCCAGUGUGCAUGUUCUUUCAUACUGCUGGUGUGGUGACCUCAUUAGGUCUGCUUUCUCUUCCGCCGAUCUAAAUGAGAUGGAUGUUCAUGCUAAUGAGUUCAGUUAUGAGGGAUCUGUUUCUACCGGUGACAUUGUUAAGAAGGUGGAGUCUCCCAUUGACAAGGUCCAAGCGUUUCGUAAUAUUUUGGAAAAUUGCAAAGAUGACAAGAAGAAAUUAACCGUUUACAUCGGAGAUUCGGUGGGUGAUUUACUUUGUCUACUUGAAGCAGAUGUAGGAAUUGUGGUUGGUUCAAGUUCAAGCCUUAGGACAAUAGGGACACAAUUUGGUGUUUCAUUUGUCCCAUUGUUUUCUGGCUUGGUUAAGAAACAGAAAGAAUACAAUGAAGAAAGCUCAUCCAAUUGGAAGGGUUUAUCUGGUACUCUUUACACUGUCACUAGUUGGGCUGAAGUGCAUGCUUUUGUUUUGGGUUGCUAGUGUUAUUUUGUGUCUCAUACACCCAAAUUCAUGCUAGGCUAAAAGAAAGAAACAUAUAUAUAUAGUGCAAUACAAAUACACAAGCAGGUUGCUAAUUUUAUAAGUGGCCACAGAUUUUCUGCUGUCUCUCUUAUUUCUGUUUCAGGAUGUUGCAAUUCAGAGACAUGGUGCCGUUCUGGUUAAUGGAUAUGCUGUAACCAGGGUAUCUACAAUUUCCUGGAAUUUUCUCUAGUGUUUCUUUGAAGAAUCUGCUUGCUAGUUAUUAUUGAUAUCAUCUUUCCUGUUAAUUAUUGUCAGGAAAGAGAAAUUUCAGACAGCAAUCUUUGAAAUGCUUGUUAGAUCAGGACACAAUUCAGACUUUGAAGUGUUGUACUGGUAUUUUUAGUAGGCCUGCUGUUCCAUAAUUUUAAGGAAUCAGCAGAGAGGUCCUGUGUAUUUUAGUUGACUCCUUGAAAUGCAUAUGCAUAAAUGUUCAUUUUUUUGGCA